AGCUGAGUAGAAUAAAUGGUUUUUGUUUUUAUUUGAACCCGUAGUCCGUUCGGAUGUGUUGCUUCUUUUUUUAUUUUUAUUUAAAUAUUAAAUAUCAUGUGUAAGUGGUGGGUCUGGGUCCUUAGUAUAGUAUUUUUAUACUUGUUAUACUCGGCUAUUACUUCUAGUGGAAACGAGGGAGCUCUUUUGGCUAGGUAUGAUAUAUAUUUGGAAAAGUUUAAUAAAAGUUAUAAAAACAACUUGACGGAGUACAAAAUUAGGUUUGGACACUUUGUGGCAUCAGUACGUGAAAUAGACGAAUUAAAUGCCCUAUCGAGGGGAUCGGACGAGUAUCGGGCACUAUACGGGUUGACGAAAUUGUCAGACAUGUCCAAAUCUGAAUAUAAAAACAUACAUCUAUCGGAUGAACGUAUACUGAAAUCACCAGAGGCAUACGGCAAGAGUUGGCGUGAAGCAAUCGCCAAGUUGAUAUAUUAUCGAGACAAAUCACGUCAUAAGGGUCAAAGGUUCCAUGAUACGCCUGUAUACGAGAGAAAGAAGAGGGCAUUACUACCUUUACAAGUUGACUGGAGGUCCAAGGGUGUGAUAGGCCCAGUCAGGAAUCAGGGCCUGUGCGGUGCAUGUUGGGCCUUUAGUACAAUUGGCACGGUGGAGGCGAUGGCGGCCAUUAAGAAUGGCAAAUUGGAGACUCUCAGUGUUCAGGAGGCGAUAGAUUGCGCCGGAAUGGGCAAUAGCGGGUGCGCCGGUGGCGACAUCUGCCUACUGCUGGACUGGUUGAUGUUGAGUAAUACGCCCGUCGAACUCGACAAGGAGUAUCCUCUUCGGUUGGCCAGUGGCACAUGUAGUGUGAAGAAAAACGGUACAGGAGUACGAAUAGCGAGCUUUACUUGUGACGAAUUUGUGGGCGCCGAGGAUAAGAUCCUGCAAGCGCUGGCCACCCACGGCCCAGUGACCGUUGCAGUGAACGCGCUCACCUGGCAGAAUUAUCUCGGCGGAGUCAUACAGUAUCAUUGCAGUGGAUCUGCAUUGGACCUCAACCACGCAGUGGAGCUAGUCGGGUAUGACCUAUCAGCUGAGGUACCAUACUACAUAGCGAAGAAUUCCUGGGGUCAAGAUUUCGGACUGGACGGUUACCUCCAUCUCGCCAUAGGGAGCAACAUAUGCGGCCUGGCCAACGAAGUGGCCACUGUCGCUGUGAAAUAAUUAUAAAUAAGUUAAACAUAUUGACUGUUAACUGCCAAGAACUCCUAUUUUUUUUUAUACAACUUAGAAUGGCAAACAAGCUGACGGCCCACCUGAUGGAAAAUGGUAACCGUCGCCUAAAGACAUGAGCAGUACCACGGACAUAACAGAGUAUACUGUUUCGCCCAUGAUACCCCCCAUGCGUUGCCAUUCCUGAGGACUCAGGUGUUAUUCCUCUGUACCCAGUAAAUUCACGCCAUAUCCCACUCUUCAAACCGAAACACAGCCAUGCAAACACAACUGCUUCACGGUUAAACACGAAUGGGACAGAGGUGACCAAGCAAUCGAGUUUUGUACAAAGUCUCCCUAACAUAACAUGGACAAAAUUUACAAAAAUUUUACAAGUGUGAUAAAAUAAAUUAUGAAUUUACUCCAUAUAUUUGUGAGUAAGGCCUGCCACGUGUGCUACCUACUGGCAAUAAGUGGAAGGACAGUAAACGGCUGAUAUGAUGGUAUGAUGAUGAAGUUGUAUUGUCUCGGCAUAGAACAGGCUACCCUUCCUUUCUUGUGGAUGUCGUGAGAGGUGACUUAAGGAACUUAAUGGUCGAGGGAUGGGCAGCAGCGUUCCUCUUUGAACAUCUCUGAAAGCCUAACUGCGGUUGCCAACUUGUCUGCCAAGCGUGGCAACUACUGGUUCCACUUAUGGGGAAGGUUUAUGUUCUGUAGUGGAAAGUUAACGAUCGAAAUUAUGAAACGAUGAUGAUAAUGUGUGAGAAAACGCAUUCAUUUUGAAUUUAAUAUUUUUUUUAUUAUUAAAAAUAUAUUGUACUGGCAGCUAGAAACAGUUUAUGGAAAAAGAAAAAGAGGUUUUACUAAUUUGUCUUUUCAUAAGAACUCACCGCGGACUUAAUUAAUAUUUAAAAAAAGAACACGGUUAGGGCCAGUCGUUCUCUAGUUUUGCGCUUAGUAACACGUUUAUUUAUAUAUGUUGACAAUUAUAUAUUUUAUUUAUAUAUAGAUAAUAUAAAAAAGUAAUUGGUUUUAAUAUAAAUUCUGUAAAUGUUAAAUAUAUUUUUGUCUAUGUAACAUAGGAAAGAAGAUAGGUAAAGUAGAAAAAUGUGAAUAGUUAUUUUGCUGGCCUAUACUUUGGUCAACGCAUUUCCAUAGCUAUUCAGCGUGGAAAUGCAGCAAGUCUCCUAGGUGUCCUAAGGUCUCCUAAGUCACCAGCUGGCAGUGAUCUUAAGGAUUUUUUUUAUCUUUAACUAUUUAAAUUUAUUCCAUUAGAAUCAUUUAUUUAGAUAGGUAUCUAGUUAUUUUAUAAAUGUCAUUUAGGACGUGUUGGUGGUUAACUGUCGGUAUGUUGUGUUAGUUUUAUUUGAAAUAUAUAAUAAAAAAAAAAACUUGGCAUAUUCUUUUAUCGUAAUUAGAGUGAUCAUAAUGAACAAAUAGCGCUAGAGCAAAAUGAUUUUUAUUAUAUAUUUUUAGAUUACUAAUUUCGAUAAAAUGAUAUACCAAAAUAUUAAAUAUACCGAAAUAUAUGUAAGAAAAAAUAAACAAAUACUGAAAAAGUCAAUUUACACGGCAGGACUGAUAAUAUAUAAGACUUAUAAUUGUAUAGUACUCGACUAUGUGUCAUAUUAGUUUUUUUUUAUAUUUUACUUGACAUGCCUUAAUGUUGAAAUGACUGUACAUUUGAAAUAAAUAGGUACAUUGAACAAAUAUCCCACUACUAUAGUAUUAUAAAUGUGAAAGUUUAUAAACAUGUACCGGGUCACUCAAAAAGUAUUGCGAGAAAAAGUUUUUAUGUAUGCGAGACUGGCCAGUUAUAAUUUAUUUAAAAAUUUUAUUACCUAUAAAUAAAAAUAGGUACGUUCUAAAUUUAAAACUUCCCUCCACAUUUUUUGCGAGCUAAUUGAAAUUAGCGUGUUUCAUUGAAAAAUGAUACAAUUUUCGUUCGCCGGAUGAUGCGCUCUCAGUGUUCGAGCAGGCUGUAAACGAGGUGUCUGCGGUGGACUGGAAAAUGUGUUUCGAAAACUGGUUCAGACGCAUGAAAAUUUGUAUAGAGGCUGGUGGAGAGUACUUUGAAAAGAUAUAAUAAAAAUAUAUUUACCUGUAGAACAUUUUUUUUAGUGUCGCAACACUUUCUGAGUGUAUAUGUGUUACUCAAUCACAUUUAAUGGCUGAAAACAUUUGAAUUAAUAUUUGUAUCUUGUUUGUUAGAUUAUAUCCUAAGUAAAAUACUCUAUAGAUAGAUAAGAUAUUCACGCAGGCAAAGUCGCGGGAAACAGGUAGUAAUAUUGUAAUGAACAAAUAGUUAAAUAUUUUUAUGAUUACCAACUUCAAUCGAAUGAUAUAUCAAGUAAGUUUAGUUUACACUGCAGAAUUGAUCAUUUUAUGUCUAAUAGACUUUUGCAUUAUAACGUUUAUGGUUUAUAAGAGACGGGAAUUAAUAUAAUUAUUUAAAUAAACAAUGAUAAUUUGUGCGAGGAAUAAGUAUAUGGGACAGAUGAAGGAAACACUAGAUGUCAUGUCGUAUAGGGAGGUCAAAGACAUGGUCUGGAAUAGAGAUGGUUGGAAGAGAAUGCAUGAAUUAGUUGCCCCGACAAGAAGGAACUCUUAAAUAAGAAGAGAGAGAGAGAGAGAGAGAGAGAUGAUAAUUUACUUGAGUUAUCUGGACGUUUCCGAGACGUAAUCACGAGUGAAUAAGAAAAGAAAAUACUUCUGUCUUCAAGGUGGAAAUACGACAACGCUACAUCUCUUUACCAGAGGGAGACUGUACAAAAGUCAUUUGCUUGGGCACCACUGUCCCAUUCGUGUUUCAACCGUGAAGCAGUUGUGUUUGCAUGGCUGUGUUUCGGUUUGAAGGGUGGGAUAUGGCAGUGAAUUUACAGGGUACAGAGGAAUAACACCUGAGUCCUCAGGAAUGGCAACGCAUGGGGGGUAUCAUGGGCGAAACAGUAUACUCUGUUAUGUCCAUAGUACUGCUCAUGUCUAUAGGCGACGGUUACCACUUUCCAUCAGGCGGGCCGUGCGCUUGUUUGCCAUUCUAAGUUGCAUAAAAAAGACCUACUCGUGACUACGGCCGGUGUAGAUAGUUCAGGUAAAUUGUUAUAGUCUAUCUAAAUAAUCGCCCUAAAUCUCGUCUCUUAUAAAUCAGAAUUUAUUAAUAUAUUUUUUUAAGUUAUAAGGUCGUGUCAACUAUUAGAAAAUACUCAUGUGUAUCUAUCUAUAUAUUUGUGAUGAUACUAAAAAAAAAAAACAUGUGUAAAUAAUGGAAACUAUUCAGCAAUAUUAAGACUGAUUCAUAUCGUUGUGUUCGAAAAUGUAAUGCAAAUAUUUAAAACUACUUUUUAUCUAUGACUUCGUACGUGUGGAUUUGGGAAACAGGUAAACGUUGUUUUGUCUCGUAAGAAGAAAAUUCAAGGAAAUAAACCAAUUAUAAAUGCAUGUAUCGAAAUGAAGCAUACAUCAGACAGACAGACUUUAAUUUUCAGGAAAACGAAAAGGAUCUCUGAAAAUUGCACUUAAAUUGGUUCAGUGGUUCUUUUACGCGACGCAAGAACAAUCGUUCAAACAGACAAAUAGACUGUGAGUAAUCCGAUUAAUAUCUAAUAUAUAAAAUUCUCGUGUCGCGGUGUUUGUUACCAAACUCCUCCGAAACGGCUUUACCGAUUUUUAUGAAAUUUUGCGUGCAUAUUGGGUAGGUCUGAGAACCCCUCAAUGAUAAAGGUGACCCACCCUUACAUUUUUUUUUUUUAUUUUUCUGUAUUUUUUUUUUUAUUCUUAUUUUAUUAUGAUUUAGCAUUAAAAAAUACAUACAAAUUCAAAUUCUCACGCUUUUAUGAUCAACCCCUAUUGUUUAAUCGCAAUUUUUAUAUGCCGCAAUAGGGCUGCAAGAUGACAAUCGAAUAUAAUAAUUGUAGUACGAUAGAUUUUCAUGUAUAGUUCUAAAAGUAAUGUAUAUGGUAAAACAACGUUUACCGAGUCAGCUAGUAAAUAAAAUAAAAUUAGGUUUCGAUGGAAGCAGGCGAAGAAAAAUAGCAGAUGAUGAGUUGAGAAAAUUUUUAAUAAAUCAAUUCGAUUGUUUAAUAAAGAACAUCAAGAAACAUAUUCAAAUUAUUGUCAUUGACAGAAAAAUAAAAAUAACGAAAUAUAAAGAGGUUUCACAACAUACACCCCACCUUGCGCAUACGCAUUACUACAGCGCAAUAACGAAACACAAAAUCAUAUGUCAAGUCGAUGGGGAAGUUUCACAGGACGACCAGAACGUGUAGUCUUGGCUGGAGAGAUCCAACCACGACUUUAGGAUCAAUAGCUUUAUCAUUUGAUCCCGAUGGCCGUGGAAACUGAAUGUCCUCUAAUUGUGACACCUCCAGAGGGUAUAAACGUUGCAAAGGUCGAAGACGUUCGCCUUUAGCCGUUUUAAUACGAGCUACCCUACCAACGCUAUCAACACCAGGAUAUGUCUCCAAAAUGAGACCCAAGGGUCAAUUUACGCGUUUCAAAUUAUCUAAACCAAUAAGUAAAUUAUUGUCAUUGACAGAAAUAUAAAAAUAACGAAAUAUAAAGAGGUGUUACAACAUAUACAAAAACAAAAAAAAUAUAUUUUUUGACUUACAUUCCUCUUAAAAAAAUUCGUCACGUAUUUUUUUUUUAUUAAAUAUCUCCUAUGCACAUAAAUCUUUUAGAAUUAAUUUUAUUAUCUAAACAUGUUCUAUAUUAUUGGGUUUUCUCCUUACGUUACCUAUUUCCACGCAUACGAAGUCACAGGUAAAAGUUAGUUAAACUAUAUUUAUCUAGAGUAUAGUUUUAUAUAUUGAGCAAUCUAUAUGUUUGCAGUACAUUUUUGGACAUCAUUGUGUAUAAAUAUAACAAAAGUGCCUAAAUCUCUCGUCCAUUUUUAUAUUUAUAUAGUUUUAUAAGUUAGUUGCAAUUUUUAUAUAUAAAUAUACAUAUGUAAGAGUUACAAAAUACUAAUAAAAAUAAUAUUUUUAUCUCUAUGUGUAUAACGUGUCGUUAUAUUGAGAUAUAUAUAUGUUAUUAUAUACAGGGUGAUAUUAAAAUCGAUUUCGGUACGUAAAACUAAGAAUCUACUCAAGCUAUCAAAUAUAUUUAUAUAAUUUUUUUUUUAAUUAAAAACAAAUAGUUCAGCCGUUCAAUACUGACAUGGAAAUGGAUGGAUUCGAAAAGUAGAGGAUCGCGCAUGGUAGAAAACAUUGGAGCAGUUUUUUUUUAUAUAUGAUAAUAAAAUAGUAACCCCACCUGUGCUAUCGGUAUACACCAGCGGGGCACCAGUGAAGGAUGAUAGAUGAGGAUGAAACAGGCCAGUUAGCCUAUCAUGAUGAUUUCAUCAGGAAUUAACCAUGAUAGUUUCCAGGGGGAACUGCGAGGAGGUUGUCCUGGUUGGGUAUAUUGCUAGCAAUGGGAUUCCUAGUCUCCAUUACUAACAAUCCCAGUUUUAUGUCCAGCAGUGGAUAGAUACUGGCUGAAAUGAUGAUGACAUCAACUCUACAGGUGAUCAGUGUGUCAGUAUGGGUGGCUCAAAAUUUUUGUCGUUUUUCGACCCGUUUCUCUUUGAUGAAAGUGGUAAAUUUCAGUCGAAGAACACCCUUUAAUGGAUUGCUAACCGUUUCGUUUUCACUCUGUAUGUAUAUAGUAUAUUUACAAUUAAGUAAUUAUAAGUUAAUUUUUGUUUGUUACAAAUUUGAAAUUUGUUGAAGCAAUUUUACAUUUAUAAAUAAAAUUUCUUAAAAUAU